AAAAUUUAAAAGUAUACCGUUUAUCAAAUGUAGCUUGUAAGUUCGUCUUUAGUUGCAAAAUCAAUUUCUGCGCAUCCCAAAAUGUGACUGAUAUCAAACGAUCAAAAAAAAAAAAAUCAAACCUCAAAUAAAGAUCAAAAAGGUAUGGACCACAUAUAAGUCAAGAACAAGACCACCACCACCACCACCACCAUCCCCAUAUGAAGACAGAUUAUUAUGAACUUCUAGGUGUGGAAGUGUCUGCCACCGAUACUGAACUUAAAAAGGCGUAUCGUAAGAAGGCGCUUCUUCUUCAUCCUGAUAAGAAUCCUGAUAAUGUGGAAGAAGCUACUCAUAAAUUCGCUUUAGUGAGGGCUGCUUAUGAAGUUUUAAGUGAUUCUAAUGAACGUGCUUGGUACGAUGCUCAUAAAUCAUCGAUUUUGAAAGAUGAUUAUGAUUAUCAUGGAAAUGGUGAAGAAGAUGACGAGGUGGAGAUGAUUAUUCCUAGUGUUUCCGUGGAUGAAAUCAUGAGAUAUUUUAAUUCAUCAUUAUAUGAAAAAGUUGAUGAUUCUCAAGCUGGGUUUUAUCGUAUUGUGAGUAAUUUGUUUGAAAAAUUAGCUUCUGAAGAAGUAUUACAUGGGAAAUAUCAAAAUUUACCUAAAUUUAAUCAAUAUAAAGAUGAUGAUUUGAAUAAUAUUGAUGUGAUUGAUAGUUCAUUAUUAUUAUUUCCUCGAUUUGGGAAUAGUAGAACCGAUUAUAUUGAUCAAAUACGACCCUUUUAUAAUACUUGGUUGAAUUUCUCCACGGUGAAGAGUUUCAAUUGGAAAGAUGAAUAUCGAUAUGCUAUGGCUCCUGAUAGACGAACUCGUAGAAUGAUGGAGAAAGAGAAUAAAAAAUCUCGAGAUUUUGCUAGAAAGGAAUAUAAUGAAACGAUAAGGAAGUUUGUCCAGUUUAUUAAAAAGAGAGAUCCUAGAGUUAAAGCUGGGAUUAAUGAAUUUGAAAAAUUAAAGAAGAAACAAAGACAACAAGAAUUAGAUGAUCAAGUUAAACAAGAAAAGAAAGCGAAAUCAAUGUUAAAGAAUCAAGCUGCUAAUUAUACCGCUCAAGAUUGGCAACAAUUGUCGAUGGAUGAAUUGAAAGAUUUGGAAAAUAUGCUUAAUGAAGAAUAUGAUAUUUCUCCUGAUGAUGAUGACGAAGAUUUCGAUUCUGAUAGUGAAUUUGAUGAAUUUGAAAAUCCAGAUGAAGAUGAUGUGAUUGAAACUUUUGAAUGUAUCAUUUGUAAUAAAUUCUUUAAAACUGAAAAACAAUUUGAAAUUCAUGAAUCUUCAAAUAAACAUAAAAAAUUAUUAAAACAAUUAAAAUGGGAAAUGAAAAAAGAAGGGAUUGAUUUAGGUAUUGAUAAAGAUGAUAUUGAUUUAGAUGAUUUUGAAACUGCCAGUAGUCAAUUUGAUUCUGAUGAUAUUGAUGAUAUUGAUAGUGAGAUUGAUGCCAAUGAUGAUGAUGAUAAUGAAGUUAAGAAUGAUAAUGAUGUGGAAGAUGUUCCUGAAGAUGAUGUCAAAGAAGAGGAUGCUAAACCAAUAAAUAGUUCCAAACAAGAGUUUGAAGUUGACGAUACAGUCGAUAGUGAUUUUGAAGUCGAAUCGCAAACCAACACCGGACUUGACGACAUAAACCUUAAAACUCAAAAUCUAAAACUAAUAGAUUCUGAUGAUGAUGAAGAUGACGAUUGGUCAACCACCAAAAAGAAGAAAGAUAAAAAGAAAAAGAAAAAAUCAAAACCGUCAUCAGAACCAAUAUCAAUCACCACCAGUAAAGAACCAUCUCCUUCACUUGGUUCUGAACUUUGUACAGUUUGCAACCAAGAAUUUUCAUCUCGAAAUAAAUUAUUCCAACAUAUUAAUGUAACAGGUCAUGCCUUAGCUCCUAAAUCUAAAAAGAAAAAGUCUAAAAAGAAAAAUUAAAUCCUUGUAUAUAAUACA